AUGAAUAUCUCUCAAAACCCUAGCCCUAAUUUUCCAUUUUUCUCCGAUGAAAACUUUAUUAAUCCUUUCAUGGAUAAUUUCGAUUUCACCGAUUUGAUUUUUGAUGUUGGUGAAGGAGGCAACAAUGGAUUCAUCCAAGAGGAAACUUCAUCUCCGGUAAGCAUCGUUUCGUCGGAGACAUUUACCGGUGAAAGUGGGGGAUCCGGCAGUGGAAUAACUACGUUAAGUAAAAAGGAAUCAACGUUUGGUUGCAAAAGUAGGGGAAGUAAAGACGGUGAGACGAAGGAGACGGGUCAUAGAGUUGCAUUUAGAACGAGAUCAAAGAUUGAUGUGAUGGAUGAUGGUUAUAAAUGGAGGAAGUAUGGGAAGAAAUCUGUUAAGAACAAUACUAACAAGAGAUCCCGCGGCUUGUCUCUCUCGAUUGAUUGGUUUCUCGCGCGAGGAAGAGAAAUGAAGUUUUGGAGGGAACGUGGUGAAAGGGAAAACAAAGGGGAGCAGAUCUUAGCUCCAUUAUGUGGCCAAGUUCGUGUCUUGGUCGUUGGUGAUUCAGGUGUGGGGAAAACAUCACUUGUACACCUCAUUAACAAAGGUUCUUCCAUUCAUCGUCCAUCUCAAACCAUUGGAUGCACAGUUGGUGUCAAGCAUAUGACUUACGGGAGCCCAGCUAGUUCUUCGAGUAGUAUUCUAGGGGAUGCAGAGAGAGAUUUCUUUGUUGAGCUCUGGGAUGUUUCAGGGCAUGAGAGAUACAAAGAUUGCCGCUCACUCUUCUACUCACAAAUCAAUGGAGUUAUAUUUGUUCAUGAUCUCUCUCAGAGAAGAACUAAAACAAGCUUGCAGAAAUGGGCUUCUGAGGUUGCAGCCACUGGAACUUUUUCAGCUCCUUUUCCCUCAGGAGGUCCUGGUGGUCUUCCUGUUCCGUACAUUGUUGUUGGAAACAAAGCAGAUAUUGCUGCAAAAGAAGGAACAAAAGGAAGCAGUGGAAACCUUGUUGAUGCAGCUCGUCAUUGGGUGGAGAAGCAAGGUUUGCUUUCCUCUAGUGAAGAACUUCCUCUCUUUGAAAGCUUUCCUGGUAAUGGCGGUCUCAUAGCGGCGGCUAAAGAAACCAGAUACGAUAAGGAAGCUUUCAACAAGUUUUUCCGGAUGUUGAUAAGACGAAGGUACUUCUCAGACGAACAACCAGCAGCUUCACCGUGGUCAAUUUCACCGCAUCGAACCUCAUCAUCCCAACGUUUAGACGACGAGAUCACAAGCGAUGAUGACCAAUUCUACAAGAGAACAAGUUUACAUGGAGAUCCUUACAAGUACAACAACACGUUACCACCACUUCCCGCACAGCGCAACCUAACUCCUCCUCCUACGCUUUUUCCUCAGCAGCCGGUGUCUACUCCUGAUAACUACGUUAUCCCAAGAUUCUCACUUUCGAGUUUACAAGAAACAAGCAACAAUGGCAGUGGUAGAUCUAAGCGAAUGGAUAUUAACGUUUGA